UCUUUCAAACCCAAUUCAAACUUACCCUCCCCUACAAUCCCUCACCAUCCAUUCUAUCCCCUUUCUAUAUUGUUCAAUUGUCCAACCUAUUUUCUUUCCUUUUCCACAUAUCCUUCUCUCCCUGAGCUUUCCUUUCUCUCUCUAUACAUGCUUAUCCUUCUCCAAACAAUCUCUUCUCCAACCCCCCAAACCCUCCCUGGCUACCGUCCCCUCAUUCCUUCCCUCUUGCCAUGGGUAAUUGCUUCUCCCAUGGAAACAAAAAUGCGAAAGACGCGAAAGGCGAAACCCCCGCCGACAACCAGGAUGCCAAUGGAGAAAACCCAACAGAUAAUGCACCCAGAGCUUCAUCUGUGACCACGGCUUCCAAGUGUUCCAGGUCUCAGAUCGGAACCGUCUUGGGUCGGCCCAUGGAAGAUAUUAAAACGGUGUACACAAUUGGGAAGGAGCUCGGCCGAGGACAAUUUGGAGUCACACAUCUAUGUACCCACAAAGUUACAGGUGAGCAAUUUGCUUGUAAGACAAUAGCAAAGAGGAAGCUGGUUAACAAAGAGGACAUUGAGGAUGUUCGGAGGGAGGUUCAGAUCAUGCAUCACUUGGCUGGCCAACCCAACAUUGUUGAAUUGAAAGGAGCAUAUGAGGAUAAGCACUCUGUACAUUUGGUCAUGGAACUGUGCGCUGGAGGAGAGCUCUUUGACAAGAUCAUAGCCAAGGGCCAUUACUCUGAACGUGCAGCUGCUUCAUUGCUCAGGACAAUUGUUCAGAUUGUUCAUACCUGCCAUUCUAUGGGAGUUGUCCACAGGGAUUUAAAGCCAGAAAAUUUCCUCCUAUUAAGCAAGGAUGAGAAUGCUCCUCUGAAGGCUACAGAUUUUGGUCUCUCUGUCUUCUUCAAGCAAGGUGAGAUAUUCAGGGAUAUAGUUGGCAGCGCAUAUUAUAUUGCACCUGAAGUCUUGAAGAGAAGAUAUGGACCAGAAGUGGAUAUAUGGAGUAUAGGAGUCAUGUUGUAUAUUCUUCUCUGUGGAGUUCCUCCUUUUUGGGCCGAAUCAGAGCAUGGAAUUUUCAAUUCCAUCUUACGCGGACAUAUCGAUUUCUCAAGCGACCCAUGGCCCUCAAUUUCGCCUGGAGCAAAGGAUCUUGUUAGAAAGAUGCUCAAUUCAGACCCCAAGCAAAGGUUGACAGCAUUUGAAGUUCUCAAUCAUCCGUGGAUCAAAGAAGACGGAGAAGCACCCGAUGUACCUCUUGACAAUGUUGUCUUCAACAGGCUCAAACAAUUCAGGGCAAUGAACAAGUUUAAGAAAGUUGCUCUUCGGAUAAUUGCAGGCUGUCUAUCAGAGGAAGAAAUCAUGGGACUAAAGCAAAUGUUCAAGAGCAUGGAUACUGACAACAGUGGCACCAUAACUCUUGAAGAGCUGAAACAAGGACUCUCCAAGCAAGGAACAAAGUUAUCAGAGUACGAAGUUAAACAGUUAAUGGAAGCUGCUGAUGCAGAUGGCAAUGGAACCAUAGACUAUGAUGAGUUCAUCACUGCAACAAUGCACAUGAACAGAAUGGACAGAGAAGAGCAUCUUUAUACUGCAUUCCAGUACUUUGAUAAAGAUAAUAGCGGGUACAUUACAACAGAAGAGCUAGAGCAGGCUCUAAGAGAGUUCGGAAUGCAUGAUGGAAGGGACAUAAAGGAAAUACUUUCAGAAGUCGACAGUGAUAAUGAUGGAAGAAUCAACUACGACGAGUUUGUAGCAAUGAUGAGGAAAGGGAACCCAGAAGCCAACCCAAAGAAGCGACGUGAUGUAUUUGUUUGAUUGGUAAUUGACCAAUGCCAAGAAGGAAAAUCCAACUGUGUUUUGAAAGUGUAACAUUUCUCAUGUAUACUCCUGGUGUUUGUCAUGGUGGAGAAGCUGAAGGGUAUGCUUUAUUAAGAUGUAUCCAUGAGAUUUUCAUGGAUAUACAUGUACAAUAUCUGUUGAGGUGAGAUGAUGGGAGGGGAUAGGUGUAGAGAGAUGAUUUAACAAGAACUAUUUGUAGGGUUGUGGGGUUGGAUUCUAUCCCUUUAUUAACAUUGUAUUUUGUAACCAGUCCAAAGAAUAUAUUGUCUAAUG